AUGACGAUUAAUCAGCGGUCCAUCCAUGCAUAUGCUCAAGGUGUUUCUGUGGCAGAAGGAAUGCUCCGCAGCAACCCGAAAACCAACUGCACCUGGAGGGACCUUGGUUGUGACCAUGGAGAGGUUAUCACUCUGCCACGCGAUGCACUUCAAAUGUGGCAAAAUGAGUUCUACAGGGAUACUGGUAACUACUGUGGGCCUGUGCCUCAGUAUGUCACCAAGAACGCGACUGAAGGCCGUUCCUUGGUGCGCCAAAAGAGUCAUGUCACGAUGCAGAACCCAUAG